CUUGAAAGAUUUGAAGAGGGAGCGACAUCGUUUGAGCGGUUUUGAAAGUGCAAAUCUUGAUAACAAAGACCCUUGUUGUGGAUUGGUUUUUUGGAGCUUUAUUCAUGCAAAGAUGAAGUCUUGGAACACUGUUUCUGUGCCUGAUGCUAAAAGCAGAUCAUGUAUCUGCAGCCUCUUCUUGACUCUUGCUUUAAUUUGUGCGGUCUACUUUACCGGAAGUGCUUUGAUGGCUAAGGAUUUCAGGGCUUUUUCAGGUUUUACAAUGAACAGUACAAAGCAGAAUGGACAAUGCGGAAAAUGCAAGGUAACACCUCCAAGAGAAGAAAAACAAGAGAGUCAUGUGACAGAGAAUGUGCAAAAUAAUAAAUGCCAGAAAAAGUGCAGGCCAUUAGGGAGUGAGGCACUCCCAGAAGGAAUUGUUUCUAAAACAUCAAACCUGGAAAUGCGACCAUUGUGGGGUGAUGUUGAGAAGAAGUCUCCACAUUCAGUUAACUUAUUGGGAAUUGCAGUUGGAAUAAAGCAAAAAGAGAUGGUGAACAAAAUUGUUAAAAAGUUUCUUGAACAUGACUUUGUUGUGAUGCUUUUCCACUAUGACGGUGUGGUGGAUGAGUGGAAUGAUCUUGAGUGGAGUAAUCGUGCCAUACAUGUAUCUGCUAUGAACCAAACAAAAUGGUGGUUCGCGAAGAGGUUUCUGCACCCGGAUAUAGUUUCUGAAUACGACUAUAUUUUCUUGUGGGAUGAGGACCUUGGAGUCGAAAACUUUCAUCCGGAAAAGUAUAUAUCUAUUGUUAGAGAAGAAGGGCUGGAGAUAUCACAGCCAGGACUUGAUGCUAGUAAAUCGGAAGUACAUCAUCAUAUUACUGUGCGCAGAGGGAGAUCCAAGGUGCACAGGAGGUUCUACAGAUUAAAUAGAGGUGGCCGAACAUGUGAUAACAACAGCACAGAACCUCCUUGUGUGGGGUGGGUAGAAAUGAUGGCUCCGGUAUUCUCAAAAGCCGCUUGGCGUUGUGCUUGGUAUAUGGUCCAGAACGACCUGAUCCAUGCAUGGGGCUUGGAUAUGAAGCUUGGUUAUUGUGCACAGGGCGAUCGUACCAAGAAAGUUGGCGUGGUUGAUGCAGAGUACAUAACUCAUUUGGCUGUCCCUUCUCUGGGUGGUAAUUCAGAUGUAGAAACGGUGAUCAAAGAAUUAGAUAAUAAUUCACUGCAAGGGAAGAACUUGUCUGAUUCUGAUACAUUGGCUGCUCCAGUUGAGAAAUUUGACAAUCGGUCUCUGGUUAGGAGACAAUCGUAUAUCGAAAUGAAGGUUUUUCGAGAGAGAUGGCGUAAAGCCAUCAAGCAAGAUCAAUGUUGGGUUGAUCCAUUUCAAAGUCGAGAAAAAGGAAAAACAGGCACAUAAUGAAAUUUCUCAUAAGUU